GUCCUGUCAUUAUUCUAUCAACUAAGCAUAAAUAUUAAAUAAUCUCUUGCAAGGAAGUACAAAUAAUAAAUUUAAAAGUAAAAAAAUAAUUAAUGUGAUUAAAGUAUCUGUGUAAAACUUACAUUUGAUAAUAGAAUUUAGAAUGGGUCUUUAAGGAGACGCAAUCAAUUCAAUAUUAUCCAAUAACGUGUAAUCAACUAUUAUAUACAGCCUGAUUUCAAACAGUGUAUCACAUAUUUGUUAAAAUGUUAAAACCAAAAGCGUUGACACAAGUGCUUAGUCAAGCAAAUACAGGAGGUGUAGAAAAUACAUUGCUCUUGACACAUCAAGGUGCACUCCUAGCAUAUUCAGGUUACAAUGAUAAGGAUGCAAGAGUAACAGCUGCUAUUGCAAGUAACGUCUGGUCAGCAUAUGAGAAACAGGGGAAAAAUGUUUUUAAAGAAGAUAAAUUACAUUUAAUUCUUGUAGACUGUCAGAAUGGAAAGAUUGCUGUUACCCAAGUAGCUAAUUUAUUACUGUGCUUGUAUUCUAAGGAAACUGUUGGCUUUGGUAUUUUGAAAGAAAAAAUUAAUGCAAUUGCACAAUAUUUAGAAGGACCCUUAAAACAAGUAGCUAGUUCUUAAAGUUAUUUUUAAUGAUUAUCACAUAUGUAUAUAAGCAUUAUAUUACUGUAUUUUGUUAUAAUAAUAAAUGCCACACUGUUAA